UGCUAUUUCACGGUACCGCCCGUGUGGGCGGCGCGCAGAAGCGGCGCGGCGCGGCGGAGCGAAAGCGCCCGGUCCGGCCGCGGGACGCCCGAGCUCCGCCGGGACCUCCCCCCUCCCCCCCAACAGGCCCCCGGCCCAGCGGCGGAGCACGGUCCCGGAGGCCUCCGCCGGUUCUUCCCUCUCCCGGCCCGGCGCGGGUGUAGCGGCCGGAGGCGGCUCCAGCCGGCGGCUCGCCAUGGCCCUGCCCCGCACGCUGGGCGAGCUGCAGCUGUACCGGGUGCUGCAACGUGCCAACCUGCUGGGCUACUACGAGACCUUCAUCCAGCAAGGGGGGGACGACGUUCAGCAGCUCUGCGAGGCGGGCGAGGAGGAGUUCCUGGAGAUCAUGGCGCUGGUGGGCAUGGCCACCAAACCCCUGCACGUCCGCCGCCUCCAGAAGGCCCUACGCGAGUGGGCAUCCAACCCGGGGCUCUUCAGCCAGCCCGUCUCGGCAGUGCCCGUCAGCAGCAUCCCCCUCUUCAAGCUCUCUGAGGCCGGUGGGCGCAAGGCGCUCAGCAACGGGCACGCCAGCCCUGGCGAGGCCGCGGGCAAAGGGGGUGGUGGCACCGGGACGCCCCCAGCCCGCAGCCCCACGGAGCCUGGGGAGAAGCUGUCACCGUCGGCGCUCCCGCCGUGGCCCGGAAGGAGCACCCCCGAGUCAGAGGGUGGCGGGGAUGAGGAGCCGGGAGGUCCUCCCUUCUCCCCGGGAGGGAGCGGUGGCGAGCAGCCGGUGGGCACGGAGGUGCUGGAACCAGAGCUAGUGCGGACGGUGGUGGAGAGCGUGGAGCGGCUGCUGCAGAGCUGCCCCCGGGGUGGUGAGGCCGAGCUGCGGGCACUGAUGAAGCUCAACAAGAAGCUGGCCAAGGCCGUGGGGCACAUCUUCCAGCUGGAGGAUGGUGACCGGCACAAGGAGGAGGAGAUCCGCCGGCACAGCGCGAUCUACGGCCGCGGCGAUGCCCGGCGCCGAGAGGGCAAGCAGCUCACCCUGCACGAGCUGAUCAUCAACGAGGCGGCCGCGCAGUUCUGCCUGCGGGACAACUCGCUGCUGCUGCGGCGGGUCGAGCUCUUCUCGCUGUCGCGGCAGGUGGCCCGGGAAAGCACCUACCUGUCCUCGCUCAAGGUGGCCAGGGCACAUCCCGAGGAGACCGGAGCCACCGUGGCCAAACGACUCAAGCAGGAGGCAGGAGAGCAGAGCCGCCCCGAGCUGCUGCCGCUGCCGGUGGGGCCAGUGGGACCGGAGCCCCACAGUGCCGCAUACCGAGCCGGGCUUGAUGAGGACACCGGGAGCCUCUCCGGGGAGAGCCUCGAUGGCCACUUGCAGGCGGCGGGGGGCUGUCCCCGGUUGACCCCCCCACCCGUGGCAGCCCCCGACGUGGCUCUCGGCCUCCCCCCGCACGGGCUGUGGAGUCGCCACAUCCUGCAGCAGACGCUGAUGGACGAGGGACUGCGCCUGGCUCGCUUGGUCUCGCACGACCGCGUGGGGAGGCUCAGCCCCUGCCUGCCCGGGAAGCCCCCGGCCCCAGAGUUCGAGGACGGGCUGGCAGAACGGGGUCCUCCAGCCCCCCCGGACCCCCCCCGCAGCACCAUCAAGGUGGAGCAGGAGACCAGCCGCCAGUGAGGCCCCUGCAGCCCCCUUCCCCCCCUCCCUCCCCCCAUUAACGAAGCAAUAACGUGCUGGGGGAACGGGUGCCAGCGGCGCGGCGGUGCUCCGGGUGCGGGGAGCCGGUGAGGGCUUGGCCGUGGACCUCCCCUCUCAGGGGUCCCGACCCCUCCCGCACCGACGCUCUGGUUACCUCAGCCGCAGCGGGACGCGUUCCCCGCAGCAGCAAUACCCUGGUCCCCGCCAGGCUCUGGGCACCCCCCCCCGGGGGCUGGGAAACCCUCGAUGGACUCAAGCCCAAUGUACAGCCUCCCCCCCGACCCCCAUCACGUUGUGUGUGUGUGUGUGUCCCCCAUCCCCCCAACCUCAGCCUCCCCCCUUACCCCCCCCCCCCCACGACAGUCGCUUUGCCACCGGCACCCGAGCCACGUGCGGCACCGCGUGCUCCCGCGUCACCGCCGCCGCCCACGCCGGGCACACGGUGCCAGCGCGCACACCCCCGCGCACACCCCCGCAGCGCCCACGCUGCAGCCGCCAGCUUCAAACCGCCCCCCACCCCUCCCCCCCAAUCCCUGCAGCACCAGCGAGUUGCAUCGUGCACACGCAGCAACGACCUCCCCCCCCCCCGCCCCGCAACCCCCCCCCGCUCCCUGCAGCACCCCACAGCAUCACAGCUGUAAAUCUCCCCUCCGCCUCUGCACGCCCCCCCCCGCAGCCCCCCAGCCCCGCAUUUCCCGCGUGCACUGCUGCCAUGCAUGGUCCUUGUGCCACGGGGGUGUCACACACGCGCCUUGGGGGGCGUCACACACACGCCGUGGGGGUGUCACAUGUGUCACCCUACACUCCCAGCACAGAGCAGGUGGUUGGUGGGUGCUGGAGGGGGGGCAGAGUGCCACUCCUCCCCCUCCCCAGCCCCUCGGGGUGCCUCCUGCCUAUCCCUGCCCCUGUUUCCAUGAGCUGUGCCCAGCCCCGGGGUCCCGUCCCCUCCCCCCUCCCCCCCCCCCCCGUCGCUGUCGUCGUCCUCCCCCCUUAGGACUGUGUGGUGUCUUUUUAGAGCAUUAGCAACUCUUCCUUUGUACUGUGUACAGUAGAUUAUUUAUUUUGUUAUUUUGGAAUAAAACUUUAUUUUAUGGCUUA